AUGAUUGUGUUCACGGAUGGGUGGAGCAAUAAAGGUCCACCUCCCGAUGAGAUGGCAAAACAUGCACUUGAUGACGGUUUUGAGAUGUACACCGUAUCUUGGACGGUACGUUCUUUUACUUAUAAAUGAAU